AUUAAUGACAAAUCAAAGGCUUAGCUUCUUUGCGGUUCAUCCUUCGCGCACUCUCAUCUUGGAAACUGAGACCAUGGCAUUUGGAUGUCAAACGUUGCCAAAGACGCCGCCAUUUAUGAUUUCUGAGACGAGCAACGCGGCGAUAAUCUAAUAGGAAGCCCCUGGAGCCCGGCAACCACUGGUGUCGGAAACAAAUCUACGAAGAAGAUGUCCAAGAACCUGGACCUCCCUCUGGUCGACCUCUCCUCCACCGACCGUGCCGCCGCCGCCCGGUCGAUUCGCCAGGCAUGCAUGGAGUAUGGAUUCUUCUACCUGAUAAAUCACGGAAUCGAGGAUACUGUUUUUCAGAAGGUGUUUGAAGAGAGCAAGAAGUUUUUCUCGUUGCCUCUGGAUGAGAAGAUGAAGCGUGAGCGCAACGAGGCUCACAGGGGCUAUACUCCCAUGUAUGCCGAGACCCUUGAUCCGUCUUCCAAAUUUAAAGGAGAUCUGAAGGAGAGUUUCUACAUUGGUCCUGAGGAAGGCAGCAAUCUGCAAAACAACAAUCAAUGGCCUUCAGAAGAAAGCUUGCCAUGUUGGAGAAUCACAAUGGAAUCAUAUUAUGAAAAAGUCCUGACGGUGGGCAAAAGAUUGAUCUCUUUGAUUGCUUUGGCUUUGAACCUUGAUGAUCAGUUCUUCGAGAAAAUUGGGGCAUUUCAUUCCCCAAUGUCAUUUCUUCGCCUAAUACAUUAUCCUGGUGAAUUGGCUGCUUCUGAUAAUGGUAAUUUUGGUGCAUCAGCCCAUUCAGACUAUGGAAUGGUUACACUUUUAGUAACUGAUGGGGUCCCUGGUCUUCAGAUUUGCAGGGAAAAAGACAAACAUCCACAACUAUGGGAGGAUGUUCGUCAUGUUGAUGGAGCUUUCAUUGUUAAUGUUGGGGAUAUGUUAGAGAGGUGGACUAACUGUUUGUUCCGGUCGACAUUGCAUAGAGUCCUGACAGUUGGGCAAGAGCGCUACUCUGUUGCCUUCUUUUGUGAUCCACAUUAUGAUUGUGUGGUUGAAUGCUUGGAAAGUUGUUGCAGUGAGACAUCUCCUCCCAGGUUUCCUCCUAUCCGUUGUGGUGACUAUCUAGUGGAGCGGAUAAGAACUUCAUACGGUUCUAAAUGACUUUUUUUUUUUUGGGGGGGGGGGGGGUGUGUUUGGCGCUGGUUUGAGAAUGUAGAACCAGUAGAUUGAUAUAAAUAACUACUGUAAACCCAAUUUAUAUGAUUUCAGGGGAUAGGUGACAUCAAAGCAUCAUGACAGGGAUACAUCAAAAGCGACAACUUGUAAAUCUGUCUUUCUCUAUAUGUCUUUAUUUCACUCUUUAAAAAAAUGUUGUAGUUGCAUGUUAAAUUUGCUCGCAAACAGAUGCUCUUUCAUUGUGUUUGCUGCCAA